AUGACGAUGAUACGGAAGAUUGUGAAGGGUGUGCUGGUGAGCCAGACGGGAGCUUCAAAGUGGACGUUGCUGCUCCUGUUAUAUUUGGCAGUGUGCCAGAGUGGAUUCUGCCAGGCGCAAUCUGAUCUGGGGCAUUCUCCGGUUGGGGACAGAGUGUUCCAGGAGGGCGUCGCAGGCCAGACUGUCCUCAACCUAACAGGGUUUAUGUCGGCACACCACAUCCAAGGCCGGGAACUGGUCACUACGUACACCUGCACGAGUGCUCCUUCGGGGUAUUGCCCCCAGAAUCUCUACACCGGAUGCUGCUCUACAUCAGGAUCGACUUGCUUGGGCAUUGUGCUCAAGAAGAGCUGCAACCUCGGAGGGGUGCCCUGCCCAGACAGCCUGCCCGUUUUCUCCUGUUGCACCAGCUUCUCACAGUACUACUUCUGUCCCGCCGGUUCCAGUGGCCCUCUAUGCCAAGCACCGGGCCCGGGCUCCUCCUCCACGUACUACUCAACCUGCAGCAGCCCCAGCCCGUACGGCGCCUGCUGCCAACCAGAUACUAGCACAUGUACUGUUGGACCAUAUGCCAAUGUGGUCGGCACUUGCUCUUGUCCAAGUUCCAGCCCUAUAGGGUCGUGCUGCAAUGACUACCUCGUCGACACUGUGAGCAGUUGUGCUACACCUACGACCCCGGCCAUCACGCCUACGCCCCCUGCCGCAACGCCUGCACCCCCUAUUCGCCCGCCUGCGUCUGCUCCUCCUCCUCCAGUAAUCGUAUAUGCAGGCUCCAGUGGAUCCAAAGUUGGCAUAAUUGUGGGUUGUGUGGCUGGUGCGGCGGUUGUCACCACUGCAAUUAUCGGCAUUGUCCUCUGUUGCCUUUUCAAAAACCAAAGGCGGAAAAAGGAGCGUUCCAAUGACCUGCCAACCCAUGAAGCACCCAAAGAGGCUGCAGUGCCGCACCACCCUGCUGCUCCAACUAAGCAGGCUGGUGGAAGCAGCACAUCAUUUGCAAGCUCUGCCAGAGAUAGCAAAAGCAGAAUUUAUCCUUAUGAGGAGGUGCUGUCCGCAACAAAUGGGUUCAGUAUGUCGAACCUUGUUGGCCAAGGAGGCUUUUCAAAAGUUUACAAAGGAACACAGGUGGAUGGCACAUCUAUGGCGGUCAAGGUUUUGCAGUCCGACCCUGUAAAUGGGCCCAACAACGAAAGCUUUUACACUGAGAUGGCUAUCAUGAGCAGUUUGCGCCACAAGUACCUCGUGUCCAUGCUUGGGUACGCCAUAGCGGGAACAGAACGGAUUAUUGUCCUUGAGUUUUGCAAGGGGGGGAAUCUGUUUCAAGCACUCCAUGGCCCUGAAAGAUUUGACUGGUCCAAGCGCCUGCGAACAGCACUCUACGUCACAAUUGGCCUGGAGUAUCUGCACGACGGCAUUGAACCCCCUAUUAUGCACAGGGACAUCAAGAGCGCGAAUGUCCUUUUUGCCGACGUGGACAGACUUACUGCCAAGCUGAGUGAUUUUGGGGUGGCCAAGUUUGAAGAUGGUGCCAUGUCAGCUCGGACUCGCGUUUUGGGUACCAGGGGCUACAUUGCGCUCGAGUACCUUCAGUCUGGACAGGUUAGUAGGUAUACCGACAUCUACAGCCUCGGCGUGCUUCUGUCCGAGUUGGUCACUGGACGUCCUUGUACCUUCCAAAUGGGGAAUGAUUCGGUAACCCUGCGCAACUGGGUCGUUGAGAACAAGCACCAGCCUCUGGCUCUGGUGGACCCGGCCUUGGGGAAUGACUUUCAUCCUCAACAGGCCAUUGGAAUCAUUCAGCUGGCCGUUGAAUGCAUGAACCAGCAUGAACCUACCGCACGUCCUCUAGCUGCCCAGGUCCAUCAGCGCAUUGAGCAACUGAUAAGUAUUACAAGAUUGCAGCCGCCCUCCGCAGAAAAGGUCUUCUUCCCCACCAGUGGUCGCCAUGUGAACACGGAUCCACCGGUCGCCCAGGGUCCUGCAGCAACCACUUCGUUGACGGGCUCAGCGGAUUCCUAUGACGCUCCUCCCACUACAGGAGGCUCUUCCGCCGUUGGCACUAUGAGUGGGUAUCAAAGAGGCGGUCCGGAGCCCCCAAAGAACUUGACGGUAAUGCAAAAUUUUACCAAUAUCCAUACCGGACGUUAA